AUGGUUUCUGCAGGGCCCCCAUCUCCACAGAAGCCCUGCACACACCAAGGAAGACCAGAAGGGUCCAGGAAAGGUUCCGGCCUCACCAAACCAGGGCUUCUGUUAACAGGACUGCUCCAGGGACGCACAAGCCCAGUUUAUGACUUUGUCCCUAUCACUGUGUCUGACCCCCGGGAAGUCACUUUACCUCUCCGAGCCUCAGUUUCUUCUGUAAAAUGUCACUUCAGAUGGUGCCCAGAUUGUAUUGAGCACAGGAGGAACACGUGCAAGCCCACCGAGGAAGAGCUCAGUUCUCGGAACAAAGCAAUCGAGCUGAAUGUGGUGCCAAUCCAAGGGCUGCACCAAUGCCAUCAUCAGAGCAGACAGUUUUAUAGCACAAGGAGGAUUUGUGCUGCCAAAAUGCUUAGGCUCUCACUAUGCUGCGGUUACCUACUUAAUGCCCAGCACAGAUCGGACUUCUGUGAUGAAUCAGUGAAAAAGGCAGAGCAGGGAGAAGGGCGGGAAGAAAUCCGGUUCUCCAACUCCCAACUCCGGGGCCAUUCCAGCCCCUGCAGCUGCGAGAACGGUUCCCUGAUCAGCCUCUACUGCUCUUCCCAAGAAGUCCUGUGUCAGAUCGUCACUGGCCUUAACCCUGAGGUACCCAAAAAUGCCACCUUGGACACCUGGCAGGAAAGGAUCAGAAAGAACUAUGGUUUCUACAUCGGCUUGGGCCUGGCCUUCCUGUCCUGCUUUCUCAUCGGCAGCAGUGUCAUCCUCAAGAAGAAGGGCCUCAUUAGACUGGUGACCAGCGGGGCCACGCGGGCUGUGGACGGAGGCUAUGGCUAUCUGAAGGACACCAUGUGGUGGGCUGGAUUUCUCACCAUGGCUGCUGGAGAAGUUGCCAACUUCGGAGCCUACGCAUUUACACCUGCAACCAUUGUCACGCCGCUGGGAGCACUAAGCAUCCUCAUAAGUGCCGUGCUGUCGUCCUAUUUCCUGGGAGAGAGUCUGAAUCUGCUGGGGAAGCUGGGCUGUGCCAUCUGUGUGGCUGGCAGCACAGUGAUGGUGAUGCACGCCCCUAAAGAAGAGAGCGUAACGACUGUCGUAGAGCUGGCUUCCAAGAUGAAAGACACAGGGUUCAUUGUCUUUGCUGUGCUUUUGACGGUGUCCUGCUUCAUCCUCAUCUUCAUCAUCGCCCCCCGUUAUGGACAAAGGAAUAUCCUCAUUUACAUCAUCAUCUGCUCUGUGAUUGGGUCCUUCUCUGUGAUUGCUGUCAAGGGCUUGGGCAUCACCAUUAGGAACUUCUUUCAGGGGUUGCCAGUUGUGCGGCACCCUCUGCCCUACAUUCUGUCCCUCCUCCUGGCACUUAGCCUCAGCACUCAGGUCAACUUCCUCAACAGGGCACUGGACAUUUUUAAUACUUCCCUGGUAUUCCCCAUCUACUAUGUGUUUUUCACUAGCAUGGUUGUUACCAACUCCAUCGUCCUGUUCAAGGAGUGGUACAGUAUGACCGCUGUGGAUAUUGUGGGCACCCUGUCCGGCUUUGUCACCAUCAUGUUGGCUGUGUUCAUGCUUCAUGCUUUCAAAGACUUGGAUAUCAGUAGCACCAACUUGCCCCAUACACACAAAAACCCCACCCCAUCUCCUGCCCCAGAGCCCACCGUCAUCAGACUGGAAGACAAGAACAUCCUCGUGGACAAUAUAGAACUCGCCAGCACCCCAUCACCAGAAAAGAAGCCCAAGCUGCAAGAGCGUGAAGAGAACAAGGACCACGGAAAGGGACGUUAAGGAGCCAGUUCAUCAGAGGGAGGAAAGAAUAGAUCCUCAGCCCUACACUGAAGCAGAGACCCUCACACGAGUCCCUGUCUGCGUUCAGUGUUCACAUCUCGUGCCCUAAGUGUGGCCAAGUCCCCGCCUCUCCUGCUGGCCCUGGAGCUCCAAAGGCUCAGGGGAUCCACAUUCUGGCUCCCUGCAUCUACGGCUUCAACUGUCCAGUUUUUGUUUUUGGUACCGGGAUUGAACUCAGGACCUUGUGCUUGUGAGGCGCUGAUGGAAAUCCCUGGCUCUCCCCAGUUUUUAAUGAAUGUGAUUUCUGCCUGUGACUAAUAUCAGCGCAGCACUACAGAUCUCACGAAUGACAGUAAACUGAGAGCCCUGAGAGUGUGAACUGCAGGGUUGACGAAUCAAACCUCAGAGUAUGUUUAUUUGACAUCGUGCCUUGAACUUCUGUGAAUACGUAACAGUUAAACUUGUUCUUCUGGUGCUCGGAGACCAGUCCCUGAUCUCUGAAAACAGGGCUGCCAAGAAAAGCCCUCCAGCAUCUUCUGUGGCUGUGCGGCCACUUAGAGUGGGACUGGCUGUGUUUAGGAGAGUUCACCAAAGACGACUGCUCCCUAGUUAAACCCUGAGUCCUUGCCAGGCUCCGGGAAUAGUAGGUGUUCCGUGUGAAUUGUCUCUUCAAUGCCUCUCAAACUCCCAAGGUAGAUAAUAUUUCUUAAUCCAUAACCAGAAAGGGACUCGAGUUAAAUAAAUGGCCAGGGUCAGUCACCGAGCCAGGAGGAGAUGAAGCUGCUCUCUGUUUCCAAGGCUGCAGUCUCAACACCACACAGUGUAUCUCCCCAAAACACUGUAUUUGACCCCUACAAGCAUAAUCUGAUACUACAUUAUUUCCUUGUGAUCUUCAUCUGAAUGUAAACUUCAAGAGAGCUUGUCCUGGUUCAUUGCUUACCCUCGGUACCUAGUACACAAAUGACAUUCAAAACAAAUCUGUUGGCUUUUAAUGAAGGAACAACUCCAUUCUAAACGGUCCUUCUUUGUCCAGAGUUAUUUGGGGACCAGUUUUGUUUUGUUUUGCAAUCCUGGGGAUCAAACCCAGAGCCUUCCACAGGCCAUCCACAGCCCACUUUCUAUUAAUAUUGAAACAGGGUCCUACUAAGUCACUAAGUUGCCGGGCCAGACUCAACUUUGUUAUCCUCCUGGCC